AUGACGCUCGAAGUCCAAGUCGCCAAGCCCAUCGAUGGCCCCCAGCUCGCGGCCGUCUUCUUCGACGCGUUCUCCCAUGAAUUUGACCGGAAAAUGCUUCCUCCUAACGAGCCAGAGGUGCGCGCGUUCAUGGAGAAGACGAUCCUCGGCGAUUCAGAGAGUUCCGAAAAGGGUGUCACGCUAAAAGUGGUCGAUCCCGCCCAUCCAGACGUGAUUGCUGGUUUCGCCAAGUGGGUGUUUCCUAUCCGUGGAUCGGAUGCCAGUCACGAUAGCCGGCCAGAUCAAAGGCCUCCUAACUGGCCAAAGGGCGCGGACCCGGACUUGUGCAAGGUGUUUUUCUCGACGAUGGAGAGAAAUCACAAGAAUGUUAUGGGGGAGCGACCACAUUACUAUCUUGACAUUUUGGGUGUUCAUCCAUCGUACCAAGGGCGUGGAUUGGCGUCUAAGCUUUUGAAAUGGGGCCUGGGGCGCGCAGAUCAAGAAGGUCUCGAAGUAUACCUUGCUGCUUCCCCCAGCGGCCGGCCGGUCUAUGAGAAGAAGGGAUUCAAGGUUGUCGGCAAUCCUUCUUCGCCAUAUCCGGGCUAUGUACAGGUUUGCAUGCUUCGUCCUGUCCAGUCGAAGAAGGAGUGA